UAUGGUGUGGACUAUAAUAUUGCUAUUGGAAAUCAUGCUGAUUCGAGGGCUAUGUCAAUGAGUGAAAAUGUAAGUGUUGUGGAGAGAAUGCAGGUAGGCCCCAGUGCAAUUAGUCCUAAACGUCGCAAACAAUGUAACACCGACAAUACGAUUAAAAGUAAACGGGUAAAGGUGAAACGAUUACUAGACAUUACGACGAGCGGUUUUCAUAAAACGGGUGAAUCAUUAAAUAGUCAAAUUUUAUGGUUUUACAAAAAGAAUAUUGAAAAUGUAGUCCGGUAUCAAGCGUUUUUGUCGGCAACAAGAGGCGAUUUAGUUGAAAAAUUACGCGACUGUCUUAAAGAAAUGGGCCCGAUAAAAUUCAACUUAAAACUGGAGGCGACUUAUACUGUACUGAAUAAUGAAAACAAGUAUGAAAAUCGGUCAUUUAAAACGUCGGCAGUCGAGUUAAUUAACGAGGACGAUAUCGAUCAUGCUGUGGAUAUUUCAUACACAAAAUUAUUAGAAGAACAGGAAAACUAUGCUGGUAAAGGUAGUAAUUUUUCGUUUUNAGAAGAACAGGAAAACUAUGCUAGUAAAG